GGCAGCCACUGUUUCAUUUCUACAUCAGCAGUGACGGUUGGCGGAGUGUGGAGGUGCCCAAGCCAGAUUGGAAAUGCUUGUCAAACCCAUUGGGAGGAUCUUUGUGGCUCUUGGUGUAAUCCUCUUUCUAGGAUGCCCAGGACAAGGAGCUCCUCAAAAAGGCCGGUACAUAUCGCUUCGAUGUAAACCCGAUGCCAACUGCAUUGAAGAAAAGGGGCCAAGUUUUGUCAUGACAGAUGAGAAUGCGAAGAUCCCCUUUGAGGCAAACCCCACACGAGAGAUACUUCAAGACCAACCCAGUCCUUUGCCAUUUUCUGGAGAUGAAGAAGGAUCUGGCAAUGAAGUUGAUCCCGAGACAGGAUCGGGCGCGGAGUCUGAUAUGGAAGAGCCCGAUGUGUCUGACUUUGUGAACCAACCAAAUGUGAACCUGAAAUUUAAGCUAUCAGAUGAAGGCUUACUUCCCCAUGAAAAUGUACUGUGAUUUCUGUUAUGGCUUAAUGUGAUCUUUCUUUUUACAUAUCAUAGGUUUUGAUGAAAUGUAUACCCUAGACUAGGCAUAUAUGUUAUAAAAAUAUUAUAGCUAACCAUGUAUAUCUUAAAAUGUUUAGUGCUUUUCUUUGAUAAAAUCUAUUAUUUCUAAGCUGAAAAACAGAAGCAAACAAAGCAAGUUAAACUAAUUUCAGCCACUUGAUAAGCAUUUUCUUAUGUCUGCAAUUAUUCAGCUAUCUUUCUAU